GGAGUCCGUGGAAGGACAGGGCCGUCAUUUUGAUUAGAGUGGAUAGAUGCUUUGAUUCCGUCUCUUUCGUUGGUUUUCCUUUCUCCCCUGUUUUGCUUCCUUGGAUUCCUCUGUUUCAGCCAUGGCUUCCAUUCCAAUUGGGGGAAGCUUAGAGAGAUGGAGCCUAGCCGGGACCAGCAGUAACUAUCACGGUCACCGUAAACUCCUGCCGACGGUAGUGCAAGCGGAUUUGCCAACGGUUUCCUGCAAUUCGACUUCCAGAAGAGGCGCGAUUCUCAUCACCACAUUGCCGACGUUACUGGGCCUGGUGGUUCUUCCGUCUGAGGCCAGAGAAAGACGCAACCGGAAGAAGAUCCCUAUGGAAGAUUACCUCACUAGCCCUGAAGGAUUGAAAUACUUCGACAUCGAGGAAGGGAAUGGCCCCGUCGCUGAGAAAGGAACCACCGUUCUGGUGCAUUUCGACUGCAUAUACAGGGGAGUGACGGCAGUGUCGAGCCGAGAAUCGAAGCUGCUAGCUGGAAAUCGCAUCAUUUCUCAGCCAUACGCGUUUCAAGUAGGAGCCAUCCCUGGGAAAGAGAGGAAGAGAGAAUUUGUAGAUAACCCAAAUGGUCUCUUCUCUGCACAAGCUGCUCCUAAACCUCCACCGGCUAUGUACACGAUCACCCAGGGGAUGAAAGUCGGAGGCAAGAGGACUGUAAUCGUUCCUCCUGAGGCUGGCUAUGGAAACAGGGGAUUGUAUGAGAUUCCACCAGGAGGCACAUUUGAGCUUAACAUUGAGCUCUUGAGAGUAAUGCCAGAAGGAGGAAAAUAGAGACGAUUCUGUAAUUUUUAGUGGUGGUGCAUACUAUAUGUUGCUGCCCGAUUUUGUUGAAGAGCAAAUGAACAUUGCUGAUUAAACUCUACUUCUGGAA